CGCGGUCACUGUGAUGGUAUAAAUUGAGGACAGGUGACUGCAGGAAGCUUCAGACUGACCCAGCAGACAGAAUGGCUUUGGCAGUGAGGACUCUGGUCUCCAUAGCCUCCCUAUUUCUGGUCCUAUGUGUCCUAACAAGUGACACACGUGCAGGUACCACUGAACCAUCAACAAUCACCAUGACUGUGUACAACAGCAUCACGAAUGCCCCGAAUAAAACUUUCACCACCACCACCGCCUACAGGGGGAUAUUGCUGGGUGCCAUGAGACGGCUGAGCAUGAAUAACAAGGGUUUCAGGUUCACAGUCACAGAGAAUAAUGAUUAUGGCCCAUUCCUGACGACCAUCAAUGGUGUAUCAGGCAAUGAUACCAAGCAUACCUACUGGGAAUUACUUGUUGACAAAGGAAAUGGAAAUGUCACUGUACCAGAUGUGGGAGUUGGCUGCUACAUCCCAAAUCCAAAUGACCACAUCAUCUUCAAAUUUACCCACUGGUGAAGGUGUUCAGCACUUUGGAGAUGAACGAUGAUAUCAGAGGGAGAUUCUACAGUACAUGAAAUCAUUGCCAUUGUGAAAUCAACAAAUCAAUAAUAAUCAUAAUAAAAAAAAAAUCUUAUGAUGUCA